AAAUAUAUACAUUGUGUUUCUUAUUUCAAAGUGUGAACCAACGGAAUUAGAACAGAUUUUGGUAAAUUGUUGCUAUUACAUCGGAUGUUCACCAUUUUCCCUCGAAUUUUAUGCAAUUCAACAAGCUGUGGUGGUUUUAGCUUAAGAUUAGAUGCAUAUAUGAAGAGUAGUGAUGAUUUAACUGGUUUUACAAAAAAAUCCAUCAAAUCCUGAACCACGCUGGCAUACAGAUACAUUUUUCCCGUUUUUGAAUUCUGAAUUAUGUAAUUUACUGUAAGUACUUCACAACUGUCUGUUAAAACCCAACUGUCGCUAUCUGAUUUACUAUCCAGGAUGAAAUCGUUAAGGUCUAUGAAAGAAUACGCUGUAUAAUCAUCGUUUUUCAUCAAACAGUCAAGUUUUUUACCAGCACUCCCAGUGAUUUCAAUUCUUUUUUUCAAAAUUGGCAGUUUAUCUGCCUUUCCAUUCUUUGUAUUUGAGUUAUUUGAAUUGGAUUGCAUUUCCGUUAUUCGCUUCGAAACCUGAGAUAGUGGCAGAUUACCUCCUCGAAUGAGCUUUUUCAAAGUGUACAAUCUGGAUUCGAAUGGAUAUGCGUCGAACGAAUCCAGGGGCCCAAAUCUUUCGACAUCAUCGACCAAAUGUACUAGAUUGUGCAAAUUACUGCAAAACAGUUGUGAACCAUACAUCACUUUAACUCCCUCUAAAAAGUCGGUAAUUAAAUUACGAGCAAUCAAGUAAUUUUCAGCUGGUUGAUCAUGCCUCGAGCAAAUUUGAAUUGCACAGUAAAAAUUCAUGAAAUGAUCAAAUAUUUCAUUUGACUCAAAAAAUUGCUUUAGUACGAUGGGGCUUAGAUACAGUAAAAAUGUACGAAAUUCGGUACCCUUCCAUCUAGCAACGUGUUCAAGACUUCUAGGAGGUCGUUUGAUUUCGCGAGGUAAUUUGCAUUGCUCUAAGAAGGCGGAAACAUUUUGAACUUGCGUUGCGGUCCAUUUUGCAUUCAAAUUGUUGAGUGUGCCACAUUUCCAACCAUUUAAAAAGCGUUUGGUGAUUCCUAAGUCUAUAAGAUGCAAAGCAUCACCAAUGGGAAAGUGGUUUAUCAUAUCUAACCCAUCGAUCUCCUCAAGAAUAGUGUCAGUUUUGUGAUGUCCUUCAUACACGCGGGCACGAAAAUCGGCGUCAGUCCGUAGAGGGGCAUCUAUUUCCGGGAAAAUCAUAGUUCUAUAUUCGUGGCAAUAUUCACCUUCAGUCACACACUUUAAGCAUGAGCUAUAUCCAUUGUGACCAAUAACGCCUGAAAUAUUCAUACAGAAUUUGAUAUGUUUACGUGCUAUGAAAACUGUAAAACUGUUACCUCGCAGCAUUGAUCUUGCCGGUGUGUCACAGAUAAAACAACGAACCUUAAAAUGAACUGUUUUUCCAUUAAUGACAAGGCCGUUUCGUAGAAUUUCAUUCAGUUCUCCGACAAAUGGCUCCAGGAACGCGUUAACAUCUUUUGGUUUGUCUGUUAAAUAAUAAUAUUCAUCAUAAUGUAAUUGGAAUCUAAUCACUCAAUCUUACACAUUCCUCCAAAAACUCCUACUACAAGAGGUGAGUGGUGCGCCUUCAAUUCGUGAAUGUUCACCAAAAUUGGCCAGAAAGACUGCGAUGAGCUUUUGAAUGUAGGUAAACCAUCUAUGUUGACGUUUAGGGAUAAUUGUUGCAAUGUUAAAUCAAAUUUGGAUAACGUUUCAGAAAGUGAUUUGGCGAGACCAUAGUGCCAGUAUCGCCCACCGUGCCGGAUGUCCGAUGAAAUAUCCGUCAUCCUAGGAGUUUGCACCAGAGUUCUUGCAUCUUUUGGCAAAUUAUUGUUAGAAAUAUGGCUCUUCAGGAUGUUCAGUAGCGAAUUUAUAGCAGUAUGCUUAAUUUGAUUUGUAAUUGCCCAGUUUCUCAAGUCGUUGCGUAAACCCUGGGGGUCCGAUUCCGGUACGUAGUCAGAUUCGUCAGAUUCGUCUUCGCUUUCUAUGACCUGCUCGUUUUGCUCAUAUUGAUGUGACCAAUCAAUUUCCAAUAAUGUGUCUGGAGCGGAAUCACUAGUGGCCGUAUCAUUGGUACAUUUGUCCGUUUCGGUGACGCUUAUCGAUGGUACUUUCGCUUCCGAGGUUGAUUGCAGCAAAAAUUGUUUUUGUUUGCGAAAAUUACCAUUUCGCCUAAUUUUUUUCCAAAGUUUUUUAUCCAGAUUGGAAAAUGAACUAUAUGAUGCCAUUUCAACGACUCAACUGAUACAUAUGUAUAAUUAUGUUCCACUGCCAAACUUAUAUAAAACUCUGGUAUUCGAUACGCCCCGUCAUUAAAAUAAAAAUAUGCAAAUUAAUUUUAGUAUUACUUUUACCGCAAAGCAAAGAAAAACGUCUGAACAGUAAAUAUUUCUGGCAUAAUGAUCCCCUCAUUACAUUUUUCAGUAUAAGUUUUCAUUAAUAACAUUAUGUAUAGUUUUUAUUUUUAAUCUAUUACAUAUUGAACAUCAUAUCGACAUUUUUAUGAUCGGUAGUGUAACAUAGCCUAGUUAAAAAUAAUGAUUUUAGUUUAUGUUGCAUAUGUUUGUUUGCUUACUGAAAAAACAUCAAUAUGACUUAAUGUAAACAAACAAAACAUCUUAUGUUUUACAAAAACUUAAUCGAAAACAAGUAUUGAAAGACAGACUGAAAAUGUUACUCAUAUAUGACUUAUGAAACAUACUGAACAUGUCAUCAUGUUACACAUGUUUGCAUACAUACUGCAGAAACCCUCAAUAUGACUUCAUAAGAACAAAUGAAACAUAUUAUGUUUCGACAGAACUUAACCAAAACAAGUAUUGGAAGUAAGACUGAAAAUAUUACUCUAAUACGACUUAUCGAACAUAUUGAGUCUGUUGAGCUGUAGAGGACAUAUCCUAUAGAUCUCAUAAGAUCCAACGCCAUUCAAGCGACGCGUCUCGUUCGUUAAGUGAGUAGUCGAUUUCGUGUAAUUUUUUUGUGAAAAUGUGCUUCUACGUCGUACAAACUCGAAAAACAAAGAAAUCAAAACCGAUUUUAACUGUAGUGCCGUCCAAAUGGGUGAAAAACAAUGUAGUGUAUUGGCCCCCGAACAAUUUAAUAACGCUGGCGAAAAACAAAGAUUCAUUACCGGAUGCAACAACCUGGAAGCAGCAGAAAUGCAAAGUAGUUGGCAAAGCGACUACUUUCGAUAGAGCCGAGGACACUAUGCAAAAAUUGGAAGCGCUGACAGAUUCUGAGGAUGCUGUUGAUAUGCCGAUGGGGACGCGAUUGCAUCCGGCAAAGAAGAAGCCCAAAUUCGUUUCAAAGGCAUAUCAAUUAGCACCACCCACGUCAAAAACUUCAUCUCAGGUAUACUUAUUAGAACUAACCAUCAAAUUUGCCGUGUUGAAUACUGCAAAUCAACCCAUGUUUGCGAUCGUCUCAGCAACUGAUGGCCGCGGUCGUCAAUUUUUGCAACUGGAAAACGGAUCAUUAGUGGAAAUUUCCGUGCAAAGCGAAGACAACGGCAUCGUUCCAACGCAUCCGGUUGAUGUAUCCGAAAAUAUGGAUCUGCAGUCAUCCGAAUCGUCGUUUCUUAUGGCCACCCCAAACUUGGACCCCACAGCAUCCGGAAGUGCCAAGCCAACGGAUUCGCAUAUCGGCAACACGACCAACACCAAUGAAAAUGAAAUAAUCCAAAAGCUGGAUACAAUUUUGAACCGUUUAGACAGAAUGGAAACCGCGGUCGAUAAAAUCACGAUUUUCAUGGCAGACACUCAGCGUUUUUUGCGUAUGAGGUCCGAUGAUUCCGAAUCGGCGCAAAUAGAAAGCACGCGAAAGAGAAAAAUGAACGAGGACUACUCCGAAAUCGAAGCUUUAUUCCCUGUUCCUGGUGAACAGCAGCUGUUGUUGCUGGAAAACAGUUUGAAAAAUCAAGCUGUGAAUGAUAAGUUCUACGGCUACUUCGAGUAUUCGUAUAAUUUGAAUGGUAAGCGGGACAGCGUCUCCUUUUUUAAAGUGUUGCUUCGGAAGGUGUUGGCACCAACUAUCCUGGUUCCAUACUCCUGGAAAGGACAAUCCAGAAACACACCUGGAACGGAAAGAAUGGGAAACAAAUCGUUCAAAAAUACGUUCCCGACUUUCAUCAGCUUCAUUCUCCGCGUCGUUCGCGCCGCUGACUACGAAUUUACACAAGAGCAGUGCCACAACGCUUUCAGCCUUUUUUUGCGAAACAAGCACACCGAAAUUAAGCGAUUCACAGGCGAAGGGAGCCAAAGGGAAGCUCAUGCACGCUUGCGUAGGAGAGUUGACACUGUGGAUAACGGAUCGACCACAUCGGAAGCUUUGGCCACAGUAUCCGAACCGAGAACCGAAAAUUCUGUUGCAUCUGCAUCUGCAUCGGAUUUCUCAUCGUCAGGAGACGAAUCGAAUCCCGGUACUUCGGAUCAUGAUGCCAUCGAAAACCCAUGAUAUCAGCAUCGUUUGAUUUUUGUUUUGAUUUUGAACUGAAGAGGUUGAGAAAAUGCAUAUGUGCGUUACAGUAACCUAAGGCUUACAUUUUUUGUUUCAAUAAAACGAAUUUUAAAGCGUAUUUUAGCCUUCAUUCAUUUAUAACGUUAAGAAAAAUUUAACAUGUUUAGACCCUUUCCCUCCCCCAAAGCGUUAUGUGAUAUUUGCACGAACCCUAAAUGCUCUUUCUAUUCAAAAUGUAUUAAUAAAUAAAUAAAAUAUCGUUGAAGAAUUCCCAAGAAUCUGAUUAGACUACCUAUCUAUAGAUAGCAAAAUAAAUCCUCCUGAUAGUGCCACGGGUUGACGUAAGUUAUGUUGUAAUGUAAAACCUAAGAAAUUGGAGUGUUCUAAUGUAUUUGCAUUUGUUAGCGAAACGUUAAGGUGAAGAUAUGACGAAGCCACAGCUCGAAUUUUCAUGAGCACAAAUCUGAAGAACCGAAAGUCGGUUUGUACUGAAAAGUUGAUCGAUUGGUUACCCGCUGGUAGUGACCAAUCGAUCAACUUUUCUGCGCAAACUGACAUUCUGUUCCUCAGAUUUUUGCUUUUAUUAAGCAGAAUAUAACUUUUGUUGAUUUAGAAUAGUAGUAAAUCCGUUACUUUCAUUGGAGGGUAACUUCAAGAUUAUUGACAUUUGUUACUUUUUUGGGUUGACCAAGAUUUUCCCUGACAUAUAAUUUUUGUUUUCAUAUUAUAGAAGCAUACACAACGGUUCCCUACCGGGAAUAUGUUUGAUGAACAUAUCGAGACAAAUAUAAAACAUAAUCAGACUUGUCAUAUUGCGACAAAAUAAACGUUAUUAGAACAUAUCCAACAAAAUUGGUAACAACAUGUCAAGUUUGUUUGAAAAGACAAAAUAUUUACUCAAAUACGACUUUUUAAUAAGAGAUCAUUAAAGACUAGUUUUUGGAAACAUGAAUAUGACUUAUACACGACAACAUUUGUUUUGAAAAACUUUGGAACAACUGUUAUAGGACAAAAUGAUUAGUUUAAGACUUCUGAUUAUGUUUUUGAUGUUACUUGGGACUCAAAUACGACUUUUUAAUAAGAGAUCAUUUAAGACUAGUUUUUGGAAUCAUGAAUAUGACUUAUGCACGACAACAUUUGUUUUGAAAAACUUUGAAACAACUGUUAUAGGACAACAUGAUUAGUUUAAGACUUCUGAUUAUGUUUUCGGUGUUA